AGAUGACGGCCGGGUUCUUGAUUCCAUUUUUCUGACAGCGGUUCAGAACCUGGAUUUAGUUUGCUAUCAUGGACGUUGAUGUAGGUCGGGGAAAUAUUAUAUCUAGCAAAAAUGCAGCUCCAAUCAAUAUUUCUAUUGGUGCCUCUGGUGACAUGGCGUUCGACAAUCUCUACCCGGCCGUCAUUGAAUGCUUUUUUGUAAUUAUAUGCGGCUACAUCGCUGGAAAAGCCAGUCUGAUUUCACCGUUCGAAGCGAAAGGGCUGAACACGUUCGUCGGAACAUUCGCACUACCGUGUCUCAUAUUUCAUUCUUUAGCUGAGCUGAACUUCGCUUCCGUCAAUUGGAAGUUUCUGCUCGCAAUUUUUAUAUCCAAGACCGUUGUAUUCAUCAUUGUUGUCCUCAUUACGAUCCUCGUCCAUCGGCCUGUGGAUUUCGGACGAUCUGGCUUGUAUGCUAUUUUUUGCACGCAGAGCAAUGACUUCGCGCUUGGAUAUCCUAUCAUUUUCUCGCUUUAUAAAAACAUUCACCCGGAAUUUCCAUCCUACUUGUACCUUGUUGCUCCCGUUUCACUGGUCUUCUUGAAUCCAAUUGGAUUUGUGAUGAUGGAAUGGCAAAAACGGCGGGAUGAAGUUCGUUUGGGAGAAAUUGAAGCAUCAAAAGAUAGCGCUGGAAGCCUGUGUCUACAAAUCGCUGGAGGAGUUGCGAAAAAUCCGAUCGUAAUUAUGACGGCACUCGGCAUAGUGGGAAAUUUUGCUUUCCAACAAUGUGUUCCAGCGAUUAUCGUCGGUAUUCUCAAGGUAUUCGCGGCAGCAUAUCCUGCCACAGCUUUGUUCGUUCUUGGAUUAAGAUUAGUCGGGUCUUUAAGACGGUUACAUGGGGCUGCUCUUGUUGUUCCUGCCAUCCUAAUUAUGACGAAAGGGUUGGUGUUUCCCUUGAUUACUCGGGAAGUUGUUGAUAAUUUACAACCUGGUACCACCGCUAACGAAACGAAAGACUUCAGCGAUUACGGGUUUUUGUAUGGAACUUUCCCAACGGCGCCUCCUGUUUUUGUCUACGCAGCUCAAUAUAAUAUCGAAGUUGAUAUGAUUGCCAGUGCUAUGGUCAUCGGUACAUUUCUAUCCGCCAUGGUGAUGUUUGUCUCUGCGAAAAUGGUGACGUUAACGAAUGUGUUACCGGACGACUAUAUGGAUCAACUGAACGUCUUCCUUCUGAACGUUGCUAUCUUCGGGAUCAUAGCUUCCGUUGGAGUGAUUGGCAUAUUCACAGUGACUCGGAAAUGGCGGAAGAUGCCGCAUUUUGUCACGUUUUGUCUUGUCAUAUCUCAGGUGGUUGAUCGCUUGUAUUGGGGUGAUCAUGUGGUCUCUAGUGGACUGCACGGAUCGUUGGAAAUUGUACCUGCAAUUUUUCGUCUUUUCGUUCGGCGUAUUUUCAUCACGGAUUUGGACCGCGCUUCUGGCGAUCAGCUUGUUGCUAGUACGCUCGAGGAGUUCGACCGUUGUGCUCAGAUAUCGGAAAUAUUUUCCGAUCGUCGAUUGCCUGGGGUUAUCGCAAGUUGCUUAUUGGGCGUCGUGGCGAUUGAAGCUGAGCUGAUACAAAGACGUGACCCGAAUUUCCAAUACGGGCGAACUCAGGCGGUGGUUGCCCUGAUAGUGUUGAUCGUUUGUUUCCUGACCACGGUUUCAUGCCUGAUAGUGCAACAACGUCUGAAGCGCAAUUACCCGGGCGGACGAGCCUAUAGACCCGUUGUUUUUGAAGCAGGAGAGGAUGAUGAACUACUGGAUGAUGAUGGUGACACUGAUUCAAGCGGUUUAAGAUCGAAUCGACGUCGAAGACGUAGUUCUGGAAUGAAUGACGUUGAUAAUGAUUCUCUGUCGAGCUACGGAGUAGCCAGCGAAAUGGAGGUUUUGGAAGAAGUUUCCGAACCGCCAAGCUCGGCGGUGUCCAAAAACCCUUCGUUCGCGACGAAAAACGCUCCUUCAGUUGAGCAAGAUGUCAACAGGAUCACAACGGAUCUAGAGCAUAAUGAAGGCGAUCAAUCCCCUGAAAAACAUACCCGUCGUUCGCGUAGAGCAUCAGAAGCCGCAGCCAACCGUUUGCGAAGACAGCACACGGUUGCUCUUCAGCAGAUGCGCUUAUCUCUUCUGUCUAUGCAAGAUAAUGCCGUCGCUCGUGCUCCAUCGACUGUUGCUCUGAGUGCAACAAUGCGAGCUUGUUCUAGUCAUUUCAAUUCACUUUCGGGAAGUGCGAGAUUACAGUUUGAAGAAAGCACCUUAACGAGGGGCAGGGAUAGCGAACAUCAACUGCUUCGCCACGUUAUAUUGCUCCUGAUUCUAUGUACUUCGAUGCUUGUGGGACUUUCACUUUGCCUGUGGACGUUAGUAGUGGAGGGAAAUUCGGGAAUUUACAUUGAACUGGUCUUCCUUGACGUUGCGUUGAAUUUUGGUCAAAGUUUCUUCGUAUUCGCUUUAUUCGGCUUGGACGAGAAGCUCGUUAUUGCUCCGCUGUUGAAGAGGUGGAGGCGUUGUUUCCAUGGCACUGUUUUAGUGGAACCGCCGCCUCCUGGGAAACUGUCCCCAGAAACGAUAUUCACUUGUCAACAAUUCGUUUCUUACCACAUGGAUAGUUGCGUGCGGGAUAUCGUCCGUGAUAGGAAGUUCCGGAACAAGUUUUACCGGCAAGCUUUCUGUGGGAACGAGUUUGUUGACUGGGUGCUUGUGGUUGGACUCGCGCCCGAUCGCGCACAGGCGGCGAAGUACGGCAAGCAUUUGCUGACUGGCCGCGUCCUGCGUCACUACGACAACGAGCAUCAUUUCCACGACCAGCCGCUGUUCUAUACUUUUUGCGACCCCAUUGAACGUGAUCGUUUAUUUCAAUCUUUCGAUCCGGGAACGGAGUAGCGUGGAAUUUUCCUGUGCUGUUUUAGUGAAAUAAUUUCGCUUUAAUUACUACCCCAAUUUUUUAAAUAUUUUCAAAUCAGGAAUUCGACGAGGCUCUCAAAAAAAAAGGAGGAACUACUGUACCGUAUUUGUGAAUGUGACUUGCGAAAAUCGGUUCUCUGAAAUAGUUCGAAACCUGUGGCGAUUGUGAAAUUUUUUUCCUAGUUACACUGUUUGAACUCUAUUGAACAAUUUUAUUUGUGGAUUUCAUUCAGUAAAAAAAAAGCCGUUGGAACAUUUCGUGCUGAUGGAAAAAAAUUAGCGUUAGAUAGUUAGAAAUCUUGUGGACAUUUCCCGAAAUUUUAUGAGUCUCUUCUACGUAAGCUGAUCAAAGAUUCUGAGUGUGCGCACCCAAAAAUAUGUUUCUCCGGUAUCAAAAUAACGACUGGCGUGUCCCUAUUCAGACCUUUUUUUUAUGUUAGUAACUGGAAGGUGAGUUUUCAUGCGUAGUCAUGACUUCACAUCAGCUAGUGGAAGAUUUUACACUGCAUUAUAAAAUGUUUCGCUUGGAUGUAUGAUUGUAAUUUCAAGUAUGUAGCCGAUGUCUUGCCGUGAAAAGCGGGAAAUACGAUGAUGAUGUGGGGGAGAGGUCUCAAUUUUGUGGGAAAGAGGAACCCGAGUGAAUCAGUACCUAGUGAAUAGUAUACUUGGACUACUCGUGCACAAAGUGUGCUAGUGAGAUGUCAGUCAUAGACUGAGGUGUUCGGUUUGUCUGCUUUGCUUUAAUGAGGAAACUUUUUUUGGGAAAUUUGAUCGGAAUCAUACCAUUGGUAGGAGCCCAGCGAGUUUUUGGAAUGUAUACUGCUCAGUGUAUUGGUUGCAAUUUAUUUGAUUUAUUUUUGUGAAACGCACGUGUUCGCGCAUUUUUGUUCUGAUUUGCGCGACUGUUAAAAUGAACGGAGGAAAAUGA